ACCAAGUCACGUCCUGUGUUGAUCCAAUACCUUCACUUCUCUAUGAAUCCCUGAAUCUACCCUCGCACAGCCACAGCAAGCAAAUCAACACGAUGGCAGAUAAUGGAGAAGGCCCGUCCUCUUUGACGGCCCAACCGCUGCGGAUAUCGCGCUCACCUGGGCGUUCUCCAGCUCGUUCACCUCACUCUGCGUCUCCAACAGCUGAUCCUGUGACACGACAGGCCUCUAUCGCACGAUUGGCAUCGCCGGUUCCAUCCCUGUCGAGUAGCCCAGCCCAAGGAUGGCAAGUCCCGGUAGCGAGUCAACGUCCUAAUGGCAAGCAGCCAGAGCUGCCGGCCGUGGAGAACAGAGCGUCUCUCCCUGGACCCGGACAAUCAGCUCUCGCAUCUGCGUUGCAGAAUACUUUGGGCCGUUCACCACCUCAGUUUGGUACGCCUGGGAGACGUUCAGCAUCACCUGCAAUAGCACAUCAAAGUUCCACUCUUGACAAAGCCCCAAACACGGCAUAUGGAUCAUUCGAGACUCGAGCAGGUUCGGAAUACUCAAGUGCAGCGCCUUACGAGGACCCCGAGGUCGUCAAACGCCAUUUGGUACAACCGCAGAAGGUUUCAGAGAGUAGAGGCUCCAGGUCCCCUGAGGAUGACGGGAGGAACGCAGAUGAUGAUGAAUUCUCAAGUCUUAAACUUCAAGGUGGUGAUAUUACGAGACAGGUCUACCGGUGGACGGAGGACGCAGAAGCCCAAGCUUCUGGAUAUCGUAGACAUGCUCGCAGUCGCAGUUUCACUAUUGACCGGCCGCAGCCGGAAGAUGAAACUAUGAACAUAAACUCAAUCAGAGUGCCUGGUGGAUUUCGAAGAGAUUACAUUCGACGAACAGUCGGCAGUCCAGCACCUGGGACUCCCCGCAAUCCUGACCAGCGGGCCCGGCCCCAGCUGUUUACUAGCAGUUUCCUGGAAUUUCUUACGCUCUACGGUCACUUUGCUGGAGAAGAACUCGAGGAGGAUGAUGAAGUCCUCGGCCCCGGCGAGUACUUCUCAUCAGAUGCUUGGGAUGAAGAAAGAGAGCCAGGGGAGGAUUCUGCCCUGCUUCGUCCGGAGACCCCUGGAAAGAAGAAACGGAAGCACAAAGAACGAGGAGGUACGGGCAGCAACACAGUGACUGGUGCUGCUUUGCUACUAUUAAAAUCCUUUGUCGGCACUGGCGUGCUCUUCCUCCCCAGAGCCUUCCUGAACGGAGGCAUGCUGUUCAGCAGUGUUGUACUGCUGGUUGUCUCGCUGCUGAGCUACUACUGCUUCAUUCUGCUGGUGAAUACUCGUCUCAAAGUCGAUGGCUCUUUUGGUGACAUUGGAGGUGUACUCUAUGGCAAGCACAUGAGGAGGAUCAUCCUUGGAUCGAUUGUGUUGAGUCAGUUAGGUUUCGUCGCCGCAUACAUCGUCUUCACUUCCGAGAAUCUGCAGGCUUUCAUCCUUGCUGUCAGCAAGUGUAAGUCGUUUAUCGAUAUCAAGUAUAUGGUAUUGAUGCAAUUGAUCAUCUUCCUACCUCUGUCCUUGAUCCGCGAUAUAAGCAAGCUUGGGUUCACUGCGCUGAUUGCAGAUGCUUUUAUCAUGCUUGGUCUCAUCUACCUCUACUACUACGAUGUCAGCACAAUUGUCAGCAAUCACGGUGUCGCUGAUAUUAAGCCUUUCAACCCAUCGACAUGGACUCUUUUCAUCGGUACUGCCAUCUUCACGUAUGAGGGAGUUGGUCUCAUCAUCCCCAUCCAGGAGUCGAUGAAGCACCCACACAAAUUUCCUGCGGUUCUUGCCGCAGUCAUGGUAGGCAUCACGGUGAUAUUCCUAUCGGCUGGAGCUCUUAGCUACGCAGCUUAUGGCUCGACAACCAAGACCGUUAUCCUGCUCAACCUUCCUCAGGACGACAAGUUUGUCAAUGCUGUACAAUUCCUCUAUUCGCUGGCGAUCUUGCUCAGUACACCGCUUCAGCUGUUCCCGGCUAUCCGUAUCAUGGAGAAUGAGCUCUUCACUCGAAGUGGCAAGUACAACCCCGGCAUCAAAUGGAAGAAGAACUUUUUCCGCUUCGUUUUGGUCAUGUUCUGCGCGCUGGUGGCAUGGGGUGGAGCAGAUGAUCUUGACAAGUUCGUCUCUCUGGUCGGCAGCUUUGCUUGUGUGCCUUUGGUUUAUGUAUACCCGCCGCUACUGCACCUUAGAGGCUGUGCCGGAUCUCGUCGUCAAAAAUUCGCCGAUAUCGCCCUCGCCUGUUUUGGUGUGGUCAGUUGUAUCUACACCACUAGCCUGACGAUUUACAAUUGGGUUGGUGGAGAGGUCGCUCACACGCCUGGAUACUGCGAUUCAUGAUUGCCAUCUUUUUCCUGGACUCUCUUCAUGCGCUAUUUUGAACUGCCCUGCAUUGCAUCCUCUUGGUCAGUUUCCGCUCUUGGAAUCGAGAGUUUUUUCUGGCUAUAUGUUCCCUUUUGCGUCUCGGCUAUGGACAUUCUAGCAUAUCACGAGCAUCAUGUACGUAUGCUUAUAUAGAAGUUGGAAGAUCCCUUCCUGUAUCUCUUAUGUUCGGUCUCAGCAGUUGGUUUUUGCUUUGGCUAGUUUGAUAGAUUCGCUCUUGCAUUGAUACACCGAACAUGAAGAUCGGAUAGAUCUAUUCAGAUAUAUUGCUUGGACCUCACUUGAAUAAUGACCUAUACUUAUUAGGAAAUG